GACGGAGGCGGAGCUCGCCGCCAUGUUCAAGGAGGUGGCCCUCGUCGACGAGGUCACCGUCAUCAAGGACAAGGCCACCAAGGCCUCCCGAGGGUGCUGCUUCCUUAUAUGCCCCUCCAGGGACGAGGCCGACAAGGCGGUGAAUGCGUAUCACAACAAGCACACGCUCCCGGGGGCGGCAAGUCCUUUGCAAGUAAAAUAUGCUGAUGGAGAGUUGGAGAGGCUGGAACACAAGCUUUUCAUUGGAAUGCUUCCAAAAAAUGUAGCAGAUACUGAAUUGACAGAUUUAUUUUCCAAAUAUGGAAAUAUCAAGGAUUUACAAAUUUUGAGAGGUUCACAGCAAACAAGUAAAGCUGGAUGCGCCUUCAUUAAAUAUGAAAUGAAGGAGCAAGCAGUGGCAGCUAUUGAGGAUCUAAAUGGGAAGCACAAAGUAGAGGGUUCUAGUGUGCCACUGGUUGUCAAAUGGGCUGAUACAGAAAAGGAAAGGCAGGCCCGGAAAGCACAGAAAGCUCAACUGCAAUCACCUAAUAUGCCGAAUGGACGCCCAAUGCCACAAUCUUCAGUAUUUGGAGCUUUACAGAUGGGAUAUAUGCCUCAGUAUAAUGGAUUUAGUUAUCAGCCUCCAGGGACAUAUGGACUUAUGCAGUACCCUUUAUCUCCUAUGCAAAAUCAAGGCCCCUUUCAGAAUAUGGGUCAGCCUGUUAACCAAGGGAACUCGAUACGAGGAGUCAACCCUGAACUGUCCCCCAACUCAGGUCCUAGAUCAUUUAACCCAAUGCACUUAGGCAGCCCGUAUCCUGCAGUACCUGGUAUGCAGUACCCUGGAUCCUACCCUGGUGGUCCGAUGAACAAUCGUCCUUUUGGGAGUCCUCACAAUCCCCUUAAAGUUCCAAGUGCAAAUGUCAAUUCUAUUGCAUAUAGUCCCCGUAGCAAUGGCGGUGGCCAAACACAAACAGAAGGACCUCCUGGAGCCAAUCUAUUUAUCUACCAUAUCCCACAAGAAUUUGGUGACCAGGAACUGUCCGAUGCCUUCCAGAGGUUCGGUAGAGUAAUAAGUGCCAAGGUGUUUGUUGAUAAAGCAACGGGUUCCAGCAAAUGCUUCGGUUUUGUAAGCUAUGACAACCCUGUGUCCGCGCAGUCGGCCAUCGCCAUGAUGAACGGUUUCCAGCUAGGCGGCAAGAAACUCAAAGUACAACUCAAGAGAGACAACAACAAGCACAGUAAACCUUUUUGACAAAAAUCAUCUGUGAUGCCCAUGCGGUCUUGUUCCCGGUACAUAUUUGUCAGAUAGUUGACCGUGACGCUGAUUGUUUCCCCACUUGGCCCUGCGCGCCGUGCCGCGCCGCCCAGGGAAUCUGCCGGGGAGCGCCAUGUAUCUUCUAAGUUCAGUUGACAAUCUUAAGAAAAUUUGUUGCAUUGUGUAAUUUUAUUAUCUCAGCUUAGCGUUAGCGUCAGACCCCCUGUAUACAUCAGAAGUCAGAUUCAUUCAAUUAUUUCCUUCAUCUCA